AUGAACAAAACUAGCACAAAAACAUUGAUAGCACUUUUAGUAGUUCUGAUAAGUUUUAUUUUCAUUGUCGAGUUCACAAGUCCAAUUCAAUCAAUUAAUAUUGGACAUUUACAAAAAAGACAAACUCCGGCACCACCACCAGACAACCCACCACCAAAGGAUAAUCCACCACCACCACCAAAGGAUAAUCCAUCACCAGCACCUCAACCAACACCUGAUGCAACACCCAACCCAAAUCCAUCACCACCUGCUCCAAGUGCACCACAAACACCAGCACCCAACCCAGAUGCAACACCAACACCUGAUCCAAAUGCAACACCAACACCUGAUCCAAAUGCAACACCAACACCCGAUCCAAAUGCAACACCAACACCUAAUCCAACACCUAGUCCAAAUGCACCAGCACCCAACCCAAGUGCACCACCAACACCUGAUCCAAAUGCACCAACGUCUAAUUCAACAACAACUGUUGUUAGUAUUACUAGUGAUACUACCACUAAUACAGUUAGUCCAAUUGUCGAUAGCUCAGUUGUUACUAACUCAACUGGAACUAAUGCUGAUACAAAUGCCGGUCCUAGUUCUAGUCCUAACACUGGUGUUACUUCUAUAUCAUCAACAGUUUCUCAAUCUACUACUACGUCAUAUCCACCUGGACGAGAACCAUGCACAAAAGCUGAUGAUCCAAGAUGUGAACGUAAAACAACAGAGGAUGCUACUCAUAAAUUAUGGGAGGAUUUAAGGAAUAAAGGAUUAAAGAACAAUUCUUUAGAAUUGAUUGGAAAUUACAUAUUUUUGGCAGAAAAUCAAACUUCAAUUGGUGAUAAAUUUGGUUUUAUUUUGGGGAAAUUGUUAAUUUGGUGCCUUUUGCAUGGUGGUGCCUGGCCAUCUUGGCUCCAUCCUAUGCAUUUACAUUAUAUUUGUGAUAAGAAUAUUAAUUAUAUUGAAAUCUUUAAAGAAUUAAAUCCAAAUAUAUACAAUUGCAUCAAAAAAUUAGAAUCAGGUGAUAACUCACAUUUUAAAGAUGUUAUUGAUUAUGCUAAACAUUACAAUGAGAAUAGAAUUUUUCAAAUCAAUCGGAAGGAUAUUGCAAACCAUAUUUCAAAAUUUGUAAUAUUGGAUAGUCGAAAAAAUGUAUUAGAUGACCUGAAGAAAGGAUUUAAUUAUUUUGAUCAAAUCCAGACAUUGAGAAACAUGAAUUUUACAAAAAUAUUAUCUGCUUUAUAUAUUAAAUUAGAAGGUAAAAUGGUCUGGUGCCAAUUUGAUCAUGUAUAUAAUGAAAAAAUCUUUAAAAACGAAAAGGCCAAAAGUGAAUUAUAUACUUUGUUAAAAAAUUGGGUUUUAAAUCAAAAUGAAACAACACUUGAUAAAUUUUUAAAGUUUAUAACUGGUUGUAAUCGUUUUCCUGUCAAAGAAAAAAUCAAAGUCCACUGGAGGGUUAGUAAUUCAAAAAAAAUGUUAGGACGUAUUCCAAUGGCAAACACUUGUUCCUGUGUGUUGAUUCUAUGUGAAAAUUUUGAAUUAUCCGAGGGUGAUAAAAAAGCUUUUGAAGAAAGUUUGGUGAUUGCAUGUGAAAAUAAUGAAGGAUUUUCAGAAUCCAGCAUAAUAAAAAUCAAUUAUGAUUGUCCAAUUUUUCAAGGAAUGAAUCCAUCAAUACCUCAAAAUCAAAACCAUCAACCUUUAUAUACAAGCAAUAAUGAUAAUUUACAAUCCAAUUUUUCUCAUCAACAACAACUACUUAAUACAUUUGACAAUUCACAAUCAUCAGCUAAUUCUAAUUUAUGUUUUCAACAAUCAUGCAAUAUCUUUGAUAAUCCACAAUAUAAUGUGUCUCAUCAACAAUUUUUUCCAAAUGUUAACUUAAAUUUUUCACAACAACCAUCCAACAACUUUGUUGAACCACAGUUUAAUGUUACUCAACCUUUAGAUUACAACUCAUUCUCUAGGCUCCAAAAUUACAAUACUUACAGUUAUAAUCCUUUAAAUCUAACUAAUAAUCAGUGA